AUGUCGUCCAAACCAGAUCCGAGCGGAACAAACCAAGCUGCCUCCUCUAAAGGCUUCCAGCUACCCGCCCUUGACUUCAGCUUUGCAUCUUUGACCGAUGGCACCGAUAUCCCACCUCCCGAGCCGUCGCCAAAGAUAAGGGACGAGGCGCCCAGAACACCAAACGGGGAGGAUCUCAAGGCAAAAAGUACAAAUGGAUGUGGAAAUGGGUCGCUGGCCCCGCCCAAUGGAAAACCCAGUAGACCACACAUAUCCUUACCGACUUCGCCUACUUCGUCCACGUCCGGGACCACCAAGCUGUCAGGUGAAGGAGACCACCUCACAUCACCCACGACGUCAUCGAGUCGCAAUGGAAGCAUCCGCCGUAUGCUCAGUCGACACAAGCUGAGAAGCCCCUACGUCAAUGGCGAGGAGACAAUUUCCGAAAAUGGAGGAGCAGUGUCGUCGGCCCAUCAGUUGCAACAGCAGCAGCAGCAGACGACAACAAGUCCUCGACCGCCGUCUAGCAACCGACCGCCGAGCAGCAACAACAAUUUUGAAGUCAAGAAGUCGAGGCGGGUCAGUGGGUGGUUUGGCAAGUUGCUAGGAGGAGGCGACAAGAGCUCGACUACCAGGAAUAGGCGUGCCAGUAUGAUGGCCCCCCUCACAUCGCCAUCUACCCCUGAACCGGUGCCGGUACGACCGCUUACGGAAAAUAAGCCCAAGGGCCCGCCGCCUCCAAAGAUUCCUGAGCUUAGCGAGCUGAAGUCCAUGGAUCAUAAAGACGGCAGCGGUCUUCUUGGGGACGAUUUGUUCAAAGACAUAAAAUGA